UACUGUCAAUUAGACAUUAUACCGAGACGCCAUAUUUUAUUGAGUGAUACAUGUAACCCAACGAAUAUUUGCGUCGAAAGUUGUAACGCGAAUGGAAUUGAAAAUCUUGUUUAGCUAUUAGUAAAUCUUAUUAAAUUCAUAUCUCUUAUAUAUAGUAACUAAUUACUAUGUCCGGUGGAAGCGGUAACAACAGAAAUGAGUGCAGGAUAUAUGUCGGUAACUUGCCUCCGGAUAUCAGGACAAAGGACAUACAAGACUUAUUCUACAAAUUCGGUAAAGUCACAUUCGUCGAUUUGAAGAAUAGAAAGGGACCACCAUUUGCUUUCGUAGAAUUUGAAGAUCCCAGGGACGCGGACGACGCGGUGCGCGCGCGCGACGGCUACGACUACGACGGGUACCGGCUGCGCGUGGAGUUCCCGCGCGGCGGCGGCGGCGGCGGCGGCGGCGGCGCGCGCGGCCGCGGCGGCGCCGAGCGCUUCGCCGGCCGCGCCGCCGCCCGCGGCCCGCCCGCGCGCCGCUCCGACUACCGCGUGCUCGUCACCGGCCUGCCGCCCUCCGGCUCCUGGCAGGACCUCAAGGACCACAUGCGCGAGGCGGGCGACGUCUGCUUCGCCGACACCUUCAAGGACGGCACCGGCGUCGUCGAGUUCCUGCGCCACGAGGACAUGAAGUACGCCGUCAAGAAGCUCGACGACUCCCGCUUCAGGAGCCACGAGGGUGAGGUCUCCUACAUACGCGUGAAGGAGGACUACGGAGGAGGCGGCGGCGGCGCCGACAGGUACAGCGGCGAUCGCGAUAGGUCGCGGUCGUACUCGCCGCGGCGGCGCGCGUCGCCCACGUACUCGCCGGUGCGCCGCUCGUAUUCGCGCUCGCGCUCGCGUUCGCGUUCGCCCUACUGAGCGCUCGCACACGCAGCGCGAGCCGCCGCCGCCGCCGCCGCCGCAGCCGCCGCCGCUAUACUAGCACUAGCCCUAGCACUAGACUGUACCUAGCGUAGCUCGACCCGCUGCGGCCUCUACACGCUUAUCUGUACGAUAUUUAGCCUCAUCCUAACAUAUACAUCGUAUAUAUCGCCCGUUUUACUCAUUUGAAUGUUUUUCAAAUUAGGCGGUAGUUUCAUAAAAAAAUUACAAUUUGUAUAUUAACAACUAUCCUCUACGGGGGUAGGUAGAUACUAUUAGAAUGGCCAGGACGAUGUAAGUCUUUCAUAUCAUACAGUUGUGAUCUACUUCGUCCGAGCUGUUGUAAUAGAAGUUGAAGGACAAGUUUGUUUAGUAUAAGGCUAAGAAUUCUACAGAUAAUAUAUAUAUAUAUAUAUAUAUAUAUAUAUAUAUAUAUAUAUAUAUAUAUAUAUAUAUAUAUAUAUAUAUAUAUAUAUAUAUAUAUAUAUAUAUAUAUAUAUAUAUAUAUAUAUAUAUAUAUGUAUUGAAUAUGUUAUUUUUUUUUUUUAAUUGAUAUUUUUACUAAUUAUAAAUAAGACUAGCAAUAAACACUGUCGGGGGCCGCGACGGGCCUCGUUUCUCUGUAAAUUAAUGAUGACAUCACACUAUGACUGUAAUGAUUAAAUAAGUUUUCUUUUGUUUCAUCCACUGUGGAUUGGGAUCAUUGGAUGUGCUUGGCUGGAGGUGUGAGUCAGGAUGCCUAGGAUCGGAUCGGAUCGGAUCAGGGACGGAUCGGACGGACGCGUGUUAGUGUCGGAUUGGAUCGGAUCGGAUCGGAUCGCAGUAGGACGGUGCCGGUGCACUCUCGCACGCAGAGGAUCGUACCGAAGGAUCUCGGAUGUGGGCAGUCAGGUUGUCGGAUGCGCCGAACGGACCGUACGGACGCCAGGAUCACGGAUCUUUGGGUAUGAUUUUGUAAUUAUUGCAAAUAACUUAUGUUGAGUGCACGCUCGGUACGGACUAUAUUAAUGUUUGAUAUCCUUAACUCACACUUUAUUUGCUUCUCGUUGUCUGCGUUUAUUUCUAGACGUAGGUGCGACGGUUAGAAGUGACGAGGUGCUCAGCUUAGCUCAUUAGUGUCACACCUAACAUAUAAAUGUCAUGUAAUAUUUAAGCAUGCUUUUUCUGAGCUUUCAUACGUCGCGAGAGGUGAGUUGUGAGGGUGUGGAGGCGAGCGUGGUUUGAAUGUGACGUGGCCUGGUGUUGUGGCCGACGAGUAUGACCGGGACUCUGGUUGCGAGACAUUAGUACACAUAUAAUUAUGUUAAAUAAAUUCAAACUGAUCACAAAUUGUACCAUAGUGUCGGCUGAGCGUCGACUAUUUGAUAUCAUAGUUUUAAUGACUGGACAUGUAUUUAGGUAGGUACUGGAUUGCAUUCCAAACACCGUACAGUUUGAUGGAUUUAAUAAAAAUUCUUUAAAACGUA